AGCAGGGGCAGCGAGCCGCAGCCGCAGCGCGGAGCGUGGAUCUGGCACCUACGCGAUAGGGUCGCGUGGAGUCGGCCGGACGGUUGGAGUCGGCGAGGAGCGGAGCACCAGCAACAGCGUCGUGAGAGGUUGCCGCGGCCGCGCUACCGAGUGCCGAGUGCACCGUAGUGGAGUGGGUGUGGUCACCGUCAACAUGCAGACCAAGCUGGAGCAGGAGGACUCCGUCCAGGAGUUCCAGGGCUUCUUGAAACCCGCCGAAAUACCUGCCCUGCAGCGAUGGAAGGAAUUCUUCUACAACAAGGAGGAGGGCACAGUUAUGGGCCGGACGGGCUUGAGUUGGGGAAAAAUCAUCCUUUUUUACGUCAUUUUCUACUCUGUACUGGCAACUCUCUUUGCCAUAAUGUUAUGGGUAUUUUACCAAACUCUGGAUCCUCGUAUACCCAAAUGGCAAACAGAGGGAUCAUUAAUUGGAACUAACCCAGGUCUUGGAUUCCGUCCUAUGCCUCCAUUUAUUAACGUUGAAAGUACGCUCAUUACUUACCGAGGCACUGAUGCAGAAAACUACAGAUAUUGGAAAGACUCGCUUGUUGAGUUUUUGCAAGUGUACAGGAAACCUGGUCUGACUCCUGGUCGUGGUCAGAACAUCUACAACUGUGACUAUGACAGGCCUCCAGGAAAGGGACAGGUGUGCGAUGUUGAUGUAAAGAAUUGGUCACCAUGUACUUCAGAAAAUAAUUUUAACUAUCAUAAAUCUGCACCUUGUAUUUUCCUGAAGCUUAACAAGAUUUAUGGUUGGGUUCCAGAGUUUUACAAUGAUACUAAUAAUUUGCCUGAGAAGAUGCCAAGAGAUCUUAAACAACACAUCUGGGAAGUAGGACGAAACAGCACUCUGAGGCUGAAUACCGUAUGGGUCAGCUGUGAAGGUGAAAAUCCUGCUGAUGUUGAACAUAUUGGUCCAAUAAGAUAUAUACCAGGUUUGAGAGGGUUCCCUGGAUACUUUUACCCAUAUGAAAACUCUGAGGGCUAUUUGAGUCCAAUAAUGGCAAUCCAUUUUGAGAAACCAAGGACUGGCGUUCUUAUGCAAAUAGAGUGCAAAGCAUGGGCACGCAACAUCAAACAUGAUCGCAGAGAUAAACUAGGCUCAGUGCAUUUUGAGCUGCUGAUUGAUUAGAGGUGGCAGGACAAACUGAUGUGCCAGGUGUUGUAUGGAUCUCAUUUAUUUUUCCUGAGAUCUGUGUCCUGGGAAGACAAAGUUCUGAAGCUGUAAAGUUUCACUGAUAUUCCCAUACUAGACUAGUGUGUUUAUUCUUCAAAAUACUGAUGCCCUCUGUUUGAGCCUGCGUUAGUCGGCAUAUCCAUCCAACAGUAACUGCAUGAUAAAUACCCCAACUCUUACAUUAACACGUUGAGUCCCAGAGGGGGUAUGAAUCGCGUGUUAUUGUGACCAUACAUGUGGUCACGUGGAACUCAACGUGUUAAGCAAUUUUAUUACCGAUCUAUGAAGUCUUUUUUGUAUUACUUGGCAAUAUUUGCUCAUCUUUUGUCUAUACAUUUUAUCAUGGUGCUUGAUUUUACCCAUGAACAGUUUUUAUUAAAAACCUUCCACAUUGUAAGAUGCACUGCCAUAACUGAAGUGUAACUUAGCAGUGAUUAUUUUCUCUCAUAUCUUUUGAUAUGCAUGCGGAUUUUGUACUUGCAUCUUUUUUGAAGAUGUGUUUUAAAUUUUUUGGAGGAUAUACUUAAUUAUCUUGUUCAUCCCCUUGCCUCCCCCUUAUUCCUUUCUUUCUCAUUGCUUUCAGAGGGACUAAACUCUCCUCUUCCAGAGACUUGAAUUGUUAGUACACAGUAGAUCAUUAGAGCUUAAAUUUUUGUAUUUAUUUCAUUACAGACAAUAUGUUGUCAUUUAGUUGAAAUCCAUUUUGAUUGAUACUAAACUUUUUAAAUCAAAGCAACCUUUAACAUUCCUACACUUAAUCUGUAACUUUUGUGAAAUGAAUGUGAUAAUUUUAGCUGUUAUCUUUUUUGUGCAUUGUUUUAUUUUCAUAAAAUCUCAGUCUGCCAUUUAGAAAAAAUUUCAACUCUUUGUUGAUAGACAUCUAUUACACAGCAGAUCUGGUAAAAUAUUUUAAUUCUGUAUUGAUAAUUGUUUCAUUUUUUUUUACUUUUUUAAAAUGCAUCGUCAGUUUUAGUGUAUAGUACCAUUACUUUUGUACUUGGUAUUUUGGAUAUUGUCAGUCAUAUUCCAUAAGUAUGUUAUCAGUAUAAUUUUUUUACUAUUUCUCAAAAUUAUGCUGAACAAGGUAUGCUCUGUCCAUUGAGAUUAUCGUGUUACUGAAUCUGUUAUUGCAGUGUUUGCCUCUUGUCCUAAGAGUAACCUGCUAAUUUUUCUACCUUUUUAAAUCCAUUAUGAGUAUGUUUUGACCAAAUUGCUUGACGAACCAAUUACUUUAGUGGAUACAUAGCAUAGAUCUCUGUUCUUUUUUUCACGUAACUUUUAAUAAUGUAUUUGUCUUACGAUGUGUGUCAUUAUUUGUUGAUUUGUGCUAGGCAUUUUUGUAUUUUUUUUCAUGCAGUAAGCAGUAUUAGUGGCAUUAAUUUUAGAUGGUCAUAUCACGGAAUCUCAGAUAAAUGAAAUAUAAGCUAACUUUUCAAAUAUCACAUGGUAGAUGGCCUAAGUAAACUCUUCCUUUUGACUGAGCCAACCCAUUCUACUCAAGCUAAGUGGUAUUUUCUAUGAAAUGGCUUGGAAUUAUUUAAUCUAGUAAUUUACUUGAUUUGCUUAUCUCAGAAAGAGAGCUACUUGUAUGUGCUGUCUGGUAUGUGUGCAAGUAGAACCAAGAAUAAUAAGUACACUUUGGUUUUACAGAUUGACUUUGAACUGAAAUAAAAUUGGAGUUUUUGUGCUACUGA